CGGGCAGGCCCCGCCCGGGCUCCCCGCCGGGGGCGGACCCCGCUCCUCAGUGGCCACCGCGGCCGUCGCUCAGGCGGCCGCGCCGCUCGCCGCGAGGAUGGCGGGGCGGGGGCCGAGGGGCGCGGGCAGCCCUGGCCCCGCAGCGCCCACAGCCCGGACGGCGCCCGGCGCAGCAGCGCGGCGAGCCAAGGCCGGCCAGCAUAAAUAUGGCUGAACUUUCGGAGCCAGAAGGUACUGUAAACUGGAAGGAAAGAUGUUUAACUCUGGAGUCACAGUUAAUGAAAUUUCGUCUCCAGGCAAGCAAGAUCAGAGAACUGUUAGCAGAAAAGAUGCAGCAGCUUGAGAAACAAGUUAUAGAUGCUGAUCGUCAAGCAGAGAGAGCUUUUCAGCAGGUGCAGGUCAUGGAAGAAAAAUUAAAAGCAGCUAAUGUUCAGACAAGUGAAUCAGAAACCAGGUUGUAUAAGAGAUGUCAAGAUCUGGAGAUCCUGAUACAAGAUAAAAACGACAUAAUACAAAAGUUGGAGCAACAACUUGAAGAACAGAAGCAACUAAGACUGCAAGAAGCAAAAAUCAUUGAAGAAAAAGCAGCUAAAAUAAAAGAAUGGGUGACAGUCAAGCUCCAUGAGUUAGAGGUGGAAAAUCAGAACCUUCGCGUGAUCAACCAAAAGCAAACCAAGGAGAUGAAAACAGUACAAUCUAAACUGCAAGAAGCUACGGGCAAGAAAUCUGUUACUUCAACACAAAAACCUGCAGAGUGUCAGCGACUAAGCAGUUUGACUUUUGGAUGCUUUUCGAAUAGAGCAAGAAGUCCUCAACCAUCUCCUAAGUUCGAAGAAAUAAGCAAGUCUUCAUCUAAGGAGUCAGACUACGCUGAAGGCAAGGACAUGCUAGAGACGGAUAUCCUGGAAACUACCUUUGCUGGUCCAGUUGAGAUCAAUAAAGGUCAGAAGUCACUGCAACGAAGUUCCUCUGCAUCAGAGCAGAACAAAAAUGUGAGAACAAGCUGUUCAUCCAAAGACAUAGACAGCGACAUGUCAAAGAACUCCUGCACUACCGGGAGUGACUGGAGCUCAGAUGAGGAUGGAGGAGACAAUAAAGGGCUGAAAUCCAGGUGUACCUCCACUCUCUCAAGCCACGCAUCUGAAGAGAACACAAGGUACAGUCGAGUGGGAAGUGAAAUGUAUUUGACAGCAUCUGAUGACAGUAGUUCUCUGUUCGAAGAAGAGAGUUUUGGUGUUCAGAGGACUCAGCACAAGAAGUUUUACUCCUGGCAGCAAGGGUCCCAAAGAAAAGGCCAGAACAAUCCAGGUGGAAAGUGCAACUCGGACUUCGUAAGUAAAAAGAAAGACCAAGAUAGUUCUUCAGAUGAACUGAAUAAGAAAUUUCAGUCUCAGAGACUAGAUUAUUCAUCCUCAUCCAGUGAGCCAAAUACACCAAGUCCAAUUUUAACCCCUGCUCUGACACCCAAACACCGAAGUCUGGCAACUUCUGCAGGUUCUCAGUGCACAACGCCAUCGGAUUCUCCCUCAAAUCUGCCACCCCCAAAGCUGCGGACUCCUAAUGUGCUUAGUCUAAAUUCAGCAUUAGCAAAGAAACACCUAAGCCAGCCCCAGCUGAGUUCUGACAGAAUGUUUGGUAGAAAUCGGAAUGCCAUAAGCAUGAUACGGCCAUGGAGACCUCAGGAAACAGACAUUGAUCUGGUGGACGGAGAAGAUACUGAUAUUUUAGAGAAAAUGGAGAUUGGCUGUGAUGAAGGAGUGUUUACCUACGACUGCCCUGAAGCACAAAAUGCUGAAGCCCAGGAACCUUGUGAUAUGACAAAAAAGGGUGCUAGUAACAAACCUCCAACCCCUCCAUUACAUCGAUUUCCUUCCUGGGAAAGCAGAAUUUAUGCUGUAGCCAAAUCUGGUUUAAGGAUGUCUGAAGCUUUCACCGUGGAAUCUCUUAACAAAAGUGCUGUUUCACUACCUUCAUACUCCAUACCCAGCUUAUAUACAUCUCUGAUAUAUAAGAACAUGACCACUCCUGUCUACACCACUUUGAAAGGGAAAGCAACUCAAAUAAGCAACAGCCCAUUUAUAGAUGAGUCGUCAGGAUCUGAGGAAGAAGACAGCUCUCGGUCCAGCUCAAGGACUUCUGAGUCUGAUUCCCGAAGCAGAAGUGGCCCGGGCAGUCCUCGGGCUAUGAAACGAGGGGUGUCUCUGUCUUCUGUGACUUCAGAAAGUGACUAUGCUAUUCCUCCAGAUGCAUAUUCAGUAGAUACAGAGUAUUCAGAGCCAGAGCAGAAACUGCCGAAGACCUCUUACUCAUCUAGUGAUAAUGGAAAAAAUGAACCUUUGGAAAAAUCUGGAUAUCUGUUAAAAAUGGGUGGUAAAGUAAAGACUUGGAAACGACGGUGGUUUGUGCUUAAAGGAGGCGAAUUACUAUACUACAAAUCUCCAAGUGAUGUCAUUCGAAAACCUCAAGGUCAAAUUGAGCUAAAUGCAUCUAGCCAGAUUGAUAGGGGUGAUGGAAAACAAACAAUUCAGCUGACCACAGAAAAACGAACAUAUUACCUGACUGCUGAUUCUCCCAACAUCUUAGAAGAAUGGAUCAAAGUACUACAGAAUGUUCUUAAAAUUCAGGCUGCCAGCCCACUUUUUGUACAGCCGGAAAUCAAACCAACCAUGAAAGGAUUACUUACAAAGGUAAAACAUGGAUAUUCCAAAAGAGUUUGGUGUACACUAGUUGGAAAAAUACUGUAUUAUUUCCGUAAUCAAGAAGACAAGUUUCCUCUUGGCCAAAUCAAGCUUUUUGAGGCAAAGGUUGAAGAAGUUGAUAGAUCAUGUGAUUCUGAUGAAGAUUAUGAAGCUAGUGGUCGCAGUUUAUUAUCAACACAUUACACUGUUGUUAUCCAUCCCAAAGAUCAAGGACCCACUUAUCUUCUUAUAGGAUCCAAACAUGAGAAGGACACGUGGCUUUAUCAUCUGACAGUUGCAGCUGGAAAUACCAAUGUAAAUGUUGGAUCAGAGUUUGAACAACUUAUUUGCAAAUUAUUAAAUAUGGAAGGCGAUACUAAUUCUCAGAUUUGGAGACAUCCUACGCUUUGCCACAGCAAAGAAGGAAUUUCUUCCCCUCUGACAACAUUACCAUCAGAAGCCUUGCAAACUGAAGCAAUUAAAUUAUUUAAGACCUGCCAGUUGUUUAUAAAUGCUGCAGUUGACUCUCCUGCCAUUGAUUACCAUGUAUCUUUGGCCCAAAGUGCUUUGCAGAUCUGCCUCACACAUCCUGAACUUCAAAAUGAGAUCUGUUGUCAACUUAUUAAACAGACUAGACGUCGACACCCACAAAACCAGGCAGGACCAGUACAGGGCUUGCAGCUCUUGGCUCUCUGCAUUGGACUCUUUCUGCCUCAGCACCCAUUCCUUUGGCUUCUUAAACUUCAUUUAAAGAAGAACGCAGAUUCAAGGACUGAAUUUGGGAAAUACGCAAUAUAUUGUCAGCGAUGUGUAGAGCGUACCCAGCAGAACGGAGACCGGGAAGCCAGACCUUCCAGAAUGGAAAUUCUUUCCACUCUUCUAAGAAACCCCUACCACCAUUCGCUGCCCUUCAGUAUUCCAGUUCAUUUCAUGAAUGGCAUAUAUCAGGUUGUUGGGUUUGAUGCCUCUACCACAGUGGAGGAAUUUCUGAACACCCUGAACCAGGACACAGGAAUGAGAAAACCAGCUCAGUCGGGAUUUGCCCUGUUUUCUGAUGAUCCCUCUGGCAAGGAUAUAGAGCACUGUCUUCAAGGAAACAUCAAGAUCUGUGACAUUAUUUCAAAAUGGGAGCAAGCCUCCAAAGAGCAACACCCCGGGAAAUGUGAAGGCACAAGGACUGUCCGCCUUACUUACAAAAACAGGCUUUAUUUUUCAGUUCAAGUCCAUGGGGAGACAGACAGAGAGAAGCUGCUGCUAGUCUAUCAGACAAAUGAUCAAAUAGUCAACGGACUGUUCCCCGUAAACAAAGAACUAGCGAUGGAAUUGACAGCUCUUCUGGCUCAGGUAGAGAUUGGAGAUUUUGAACGGCCUUUCUCAACUCCAGCAGGGCAAGUCACAUCCCAAUCCAAGUCCAAUCACACACUAAAACAAGUUUUGGAGAGAUUCUACCCUAAGAGAUACAGACAUGGUUGUACAGAGGAACAGUUAAGACAGCUUUGUCAGCGAUUGUCUACAAGGUGGAUGGCUCUCCGGGGGCACAGCGCUGCAGACUGUGUGCGCAUUUAUCUCACUGUAGCUAGAAAAUGGUCUUUCUUUGGUGCUAAAUUGUUUGCAGCAAAACCGCUAGCAACAUCCUCAUUUGAGAAGUCCUUAAUAUGGUUUGCUGUACAUGAAGACGGCAUAAGCAUCCUAGAUUACAGCUCUAUGCGAUUAACAGUUACAUACACAUAUAAGAGUCUGAUGACUUUCGGAGGCUACCAAGAUGAUUUUAUGCUGGUUGUUAACAAUGCUCAGACAAAGGACAAAUCAACCGAAAAACACCUUUUUGCCAUGACAAAACCAAAGAUUCUUGAGAUCACUCUACUGAUUGCCAGCUACAUUAACAACUUCCAUCAGCUGAAAGGAGCUGCUCAUCACCUCUCUGCUCCAGCAUUACUGACACCUCAGAGUGGACAGAAACUCCAGGAAAUGGGGACUCAGCCACAUCUUGCAAACAACAGACCAACAAAAUGUCCCACUUUGUUAUGAAAGGAUUAUGCAUCAUGAGAACGCCUCUUUGUUACACGGUGUUUCUACUCUGAUUGAAAACUUUCUGAUGUACAAGACAUAAAGCAUAAGCGGGUCCAUAACCACAAGAAAGGCAGACAGGUUUACAUUCAUUUCAGUGGUAUUUAACAGCCCUGGCCUGAACUGGAAUGAUGAUGAGCUCAUGUUUUACCAGGGGUCACUUGUCCUUACAGCUCAGAAAUAAAUGUGUAUUGAUAGUGAUGGGGAAGGGUGGCCUUGGGAACAAUUACAUAGAUUUUUAGUAGUUUUCUAGAUAUUUUCUCAGGGACCAAACUGUCUUCAACUCUUCAUCUCUAUUUUUCAAAAUUAUACAUGUUGUAUAACCUUAAUUUUGAAAAGGAAUUUUUGUUUGAAAAAACAGUCAAGCACAAAAUAUUUUCUACUUCCAGCACCCCUCCUUAUUUGCAAUACAAGCACCAUGGGACUAAAAAGAAGGAAUUGUUUGGUUUGUAUAAUUGUUUCUCCUUAAAAACAAACAAACAAACAAACCCACAUAAGGACAUCAUGUAACUAUUAUAAAUUUAAACAGUAUUCUCAUGAUACACUCUAGCCUUUGUUACAGAGCUAUUUUGCUUGGCAAAUCUUCAGCCUUAGUCUGGUAAAUUUCUAAAUAAUCCCACUCUGCUCCAGCCUUUUGGAAAACUCAAGAGUUGGGCAGGCACUGUAUUUAGUAUAGUUUUGUUAAACAACAUCCCACACCUAAUUUCUUCUUCAAUCCAUAAUAAUAUAACACAGAUGCAGGAAUGACUCACAAUUCAAAACACAAGAAUAACACAGAAAGCCAUUGCUUGAACUCUUGUGAGUAAACUUGGAGAUAUGUGACAUACAAAAUCCAUGUAUAAUAUGUAUAAUGUAUAUACAUUGAUUCAGAAUAAUAUUUUGUGAAAUUUAUACUUCUUGUUUUUCAUUUGUUAUCUAUAUAUUCCAUAUUAUAGUACUAACAUAAUGUUCUUGCACACAGGACAUAAUGCUGCGUCUGCACUAUUGGACCUGAGAGCACUUUCCAGUUGCCUUUUUCAGCCGCAAACCUCAGUGCUACGUAGGGUCAAGUAUGCAGAAUCACAACCUUUUUUUCUUCCAGUACUCACAUUUUUGUUUCCAUGCAACAAAACCACUUUCUGCAGGCUCUGAAAAGGAUCAGCAGCAUACUCGAGUAGAUAAUUUAGAUCCAACCACAGAGAAGGUAGUCAAACAUGAAUCACUGAUUUAUAUACAUCUCAGAGUUUCCACUUCUGCUCAUACUAAUGAUCAUGGAUCAUUAAUUCCUUACUGCAGCUUUUAACGUGGUGGGAUUUUUGUUUGGUUUGGUUUGUGUGUUUGGGUUUUAUCGUUUGUGGUUGGUUGGGUUUUGUUUUGUUUGGAGUUUUUUGUUUGUUUGGUUGGGUUUGGUUUGGGUUUUUUGUGUGUGUUUUUGGCGGGGUUUUUUGUGAGGGCUUUUUGUUUGGUUGGUUGCUUUUUGUUUGGUUGGGUUUUAGUUAAUUAAAAUUGAAGUAAUUUCAAAAUUAUGAACUUUAAUAUUUGAAAGCUGAAAAUUUCCUUUAUGACAUUUGAACAUUUCAGAUAUAUACAUACUCAUAUUGAGAGAAAAUGAAUUUUCAGCUGUUUGCCCUCUGUGGAAUGUAGGGAGUUUCCUCCUGAAGAAUUAAAACAGAUUGGAAGGGAGAUACAGUUGUGAAAAGAACACUCUUAAAAAGUGGAAAGACAAACUAGCAGGCUGACUUGAUAAAUAUAUUUAUUCCAAAAGCUCUCAAAGUCCUGCCACAGCUACUUAAGUGUGCAGGACUUUAUGAAUGGUACUAUGGGCCAGUGCUUUGUCUUGAAAAUUACAAGCAAAUAACAAACAUACUAUAUCUAGAUGCUUUCACAUCUGCACUGCAGAAAGAGCUACCUGGUUACUUUUCCACUUUGGUGGUGGUUGUGGCACUAGAUCCUUUUCUUGCAAGGCAGCAGGGUCAGCAGCAGGAGGUUUACUUCCCCAGGGGCAGCUAAUCUCCUGCUGUCACUGAGCAAAACAAAUUGGAAGCUGCUGAGACCCUGCCACUCACUAACUGCAGCGUCUUGUUUGCAGCGCCUCAUGCGAACUGAUGCAGAUAGCAUGGUGUAAUUGGAAUAGCAAUUAACAUGCCUUUGCGAUCAGCAGAAUAGCUAACUUUCAGAGAUUUGAGGAAAGCAGGGGGGUUGCAAACUUUUAAACAUGCUACUGCAUCAGUUCUACUCAGGUCGAGUCAUAGUCUAAAGUUUCUUAAAUAUGAUGAUUAGAAACUUCAGUUUACAAAUACAAAAAUCUUCAGCAUGAAAUUAUGAUAGCUAUCAAUCUAGAAUACUCCAACUAAUAAUUCUUUCCUAAUUGUCCAGUUUUAAAUGAAUGUGGCAGGUAAGGUUCUAUUAGAAGGCAAAAAAGUGGAACAUUUUGCUCAUGAGCUUGUUCGUGCAGUUUUUAAAAUUUUCAUUAAAUUUUGAGACAUGCUACACGAAACAAA